CGCGAAAGCGAAAGUUAAGACGAGGCAUUGUGUGAAAGACUGCAGGCAAAAACUCUUGUUCAUGAUAAUUAUGAUUUUAUUAUAGCUCCUUUUUUGUGUAAACCAUGUACGUUAAGUGUAUUGUUGUAGCAAUACUCCUGGUAGUCGCUGAUGGCUUCACUGUGCGAGGUCCAUCUGCUCCUCUGGUUGCUCCUCUGGGAUCUUCACUGGUUUUGCCUUGUUUUGUUGAUAAACCUUUACCAGUGAAGGGUCUGGAGGUGGAGUGGAGAAGAACAGACUCAGAGACUCUGGUUCAUCUGUUUCUAGAAGGUGAGAGUCGACCAGAGGUCCAGCAGCAGGAUUAUCAGGACAGAGCUCAUUUCUUUACUGAUCAGAUUCAACAUGGAAACUUCUCCCUCCGUCUGGACAAUCUGACAGCUGAAGAUGAGGGAAAUUACACAUGUAAAGUUUACAGUCAGCAGGAUUCAGGAGAGACUGAGGUUCAAAUAAAAGAUGUUGAGCGUCUGCUGGUAUCAGGAUCGAGUCGCUCCAUGUCUGCAUAUGAUGGUGAGGACGUCACUCUGAACUGCUCUAUCGACUCUCACAUCAAACCUGAACACAUUGAAGAGGUUUCAUGGAGUAAAACAGAUGAAGAUGAAGAUAUUCCGGUUCUGCUCUUCCUGAACAAUGAGACUUUUCCACAAGAUGAUCAAUACAGAGACAGAGUUGAGUUCUUCACUGAUGAAAUCCCCAAAGGAAACUUCUCUCUCAGACUGAAGAGUGUCAGAAUUGAGGACAAAGGAGUUUACAUCUGUCAAGUGUUUGCUGGAGUACUUUCAGCCAAUACAACUGUUUUACUGGAGAGACUGGGUGAGUCGACAAAACAUGGCAAAAUAAAUAAUGCAGUCUGUUAACACUAGCCAACCUUCCUCAGAGGCUAUUGUGUA